AUGGACGGGGCCAGGCCAGCCCGCCCGGACCGGCCUUAUCAGCGCACCUACAAGGCAUGCAUUCCGUGUCGGCAACGCAAGGCCAAAUGCGACCUGGGAACGGGGCCGGACGGACUACCGAUCGGCCCACCAUGCGCGAGAUGUCGUAGGGAGAUGAGGGAGUGCGUGUUUCCCGAGAAACGCGCCUGGGAACGGUCCCGCAAGCGCGCGCAUUCAACCGAUGAUGACGGUGAUGGGUUUUCCACACAUGCUGACCAGUUGGCGCCGGGUGGGACACCAGACAGCGGGAAAGCACAGUUUGUCCCGAGUCAUCACCCUACGCAGUACCAAGAGACUAGCCCUUAUCAACAAGGUUGGGGGUUUACAGGGCAUCAGGCCUCACCGCAAAAUGAUCACAAUUCCCAGAUCGGUAUCAGUCCGGUACCUGUUGCAGAAGGCAAUAUGCAUACGAAUAGUUCCCCGAGCCAUGCGUAUCAAGACAGCCGACAUCGUGCGAAUCCCAACCUGGCAAGCUCCAUGAUGCGAACUGUCGUGGCCAGUGGAAAUGACGCACUUAAUAUCCUCUUUGAAGCGGCAACUGCCCAGGAUGAUGCAUCUGCAACUGAUGAAAGUCCUCCAACAGAAGCUGGACCUCGGUCGGGAGGGUCGAUUGCCAAAGAACGCGUUAUUCCCGGAAAUUUUGAAAGUCCAGCAACUUUUGAAUCCGUUUCGAGGGCUAUUCGUCCAGUCGAUAUGUCAAAUCCUCCGCAGGACACCUUGAAUGUCUGGGAUGCAUGUCGGUUUGUCAAGAUGGGAUGGUUUACGGCCAGGGAGGCGGUUACAUUCAUUGACUUAUUCUUCAAGAACAUGUCAUGUUUGUCCCCUAUAUUGACAGACUUCUAUUCCGAUCACCGAAAUCAUUACUUGCUCAUCAGCCGUGAGCCUGUUUUAUGUACUACCAUUCUCAUGAUAUCUUCUCGCUAUCACGUUCUUCCUGGUCCUGGCGGCGAGUCGAGAAACUUCUUCAUUCAUCACCGACUCUGGCAGCACUGCCAGCAAUUGACUAUGCGACUUAUUUUCGGACAAGAAAAGUCCACCAAGUCGAAAAUCCGAAGCCUUGGAACCGUCGAGGCCCUUUUACUUAUGGCCGAGUGGCACCCUCGUUCGCUGCAUUUUCCGCCCGAAAUGGACGGCUGGGAUGACGACCUGAUCUCCACGGGGCCGAAGCCUUCAGAUCAUGCUGGUUCCAAUAGUGAAUCGGCAAAUCGCUGGCUCGAGGACAUGAUUGAGCCAUCAAGAAGAUCGGACCAGAUGUCUUGGAUGUUGCUCGGGUGUGCCCUUUCUCUUUCACAUGAACUGGGCAUCUUCGAGACGGAAGAUGGUGACUCUUUGGAUGAGGAGCAGCAAUGGAGAGAGCAGAUGACACUUCGCAGACAGCGCGUGCAGCGUCUGCUUUAUGUGUACAUCAACCAACUCGCGUGGCGCAUCGGUUGUAUGUCCCCAAUUCCUCAAUCGCUGAACCACGCUGUGCUUGGUGGACGGAAACCUCGAGGACUAAGCCAGCCAGGGAGCACCUGGUUAACGUUCAUGGACUCGUGGAUUGAACUGACCAAAUUGGCCCAAUCGGUCACUGAUAUGUUCUUCCCAUCUGCCAAGUUCGCUCGGCAACAACUGCAUAGUGGCCGCUACGUCGGCCUGCUUGAGCAUUUCCGGCCACUACUCAACCAAUGGAAAGACAAGUACUUGCAGCCGCACGUUCUUGAUCCUCUCUUCUACAAUGACCUAUUUAUCGAAUAUCAUUUCGUCCGCGUAUACACUCACUCAGUCGGAAUGCAAGCGGUAGUCGAACGUGCGAUCGCAGAUGCUGAUCCCAACCACCUCGACGAGAUGCGGCCGACAACCAUCGACCCGACCGACUAUGAAUACAUCCAAGAAGUGAUUGACGGAUGCUGCCAGAUUCUGCGAAAGGUCACUCAUCUCGCUGAAGGGGGCGCCCUGCGAUUUUCACCAGUCCGCAUUGUCCUUCGCAUCACCAGCGCCUCGAUCUUCUUGAUGAAAGCGCUCAGUUUGGGCACCCGACAAACUACACUCCGCGACUCACUCGAGGUGUUAGAGAAAAGUAUCGCUGCACUCAAGUCCAAUGCAUUGGACGAUGUCCAUCUCAGCACUCGCUACGCUACGCUCCUGGACAUGCACGUCUCGCGGCUGCGGCGCAAUUUGCUCGCGUCUGGUAAAAACAUCAAAAACAGUCGAGGCACCGCACAACAGUCAUCCAUGGGUCCGCCGCCCUGGCCAGAGAGUGGCGACCGCUCAAAUCAUAUCAACACGCCUGCGUCUCAGGAUUUGACAUCAGAGCUGAGCUUUAUUCCGGCUUUCAACGACAUGGGCGACGACUGGCUUUCAUUACCCUUUGAUCCCUCCAUGGCACCGUUUGGUAUGAACAACGGAGGUCAGUUCCCGAUGUAUGAAGGAGGGGCACUGGAUUUCAUCUGGAAUUUGCCGUCAUGA